GCAGACUGCUUCUACAACCAUUGUGAAAGACUGUGCAAUAAGUCCAUCCGUGAUAUUUCCUUAUUACUACAUAUUCCACGGUCAGCUAUUAGUGAUAUUAUAACAAAGUGGAAGCAACUGGGAACAACAGCAACUCAGCCGCAAAGUGGUAGGCCACAUAAAAUGACAGAGCGGGGUCAGCGCAUGCUGAAGUGCGCAGUGCACAUAAGUUGCCAACUGUCUGCAGAGUCAAUAUCUAAAGACCUUCAAACUUCGUGUGGCCUUCAGAUUAGCACAACAACAGUGUGUAGAGAGCUUCAAGGAAUGGGUUUCCAGGGCUGAGCUGCUGUAUCCAAG